GCCACUUCUCUCCAGAGCAGGAGCCCGCAGCAUCCUCACUGCAGAUUCAGAUUAGCAGCGCCGAGACGAAAUGUUUUACUUUCACUGUCCGCCUCAGCUGGACGGGGAGUGCUGUCGGUCCAACACACUGAAUUCAAGCGGAUUUGCCAACCACGCCCCGGCUGAUUUCGAUGAUGGAUUCCUACGUAGAAAACAGCGCAGAAACAGAACAACAUUUACCCUGCAACAGCUGGAGGCUCUGGAAGCUGUCUUCGCUCAGACCCACUACCCUGACGUGUUCACCCGGGAGGAGCUGGCCAUGAAGAUCAACCUGACCGAGGCCAGGGUGCAGGUUUGGUUUCAGAACCGCAGAGCAAAGUGGAGGAAGACAGAGCGAGGGAGCACAGAUCCUGACGGCGGAAAGGAGCAGAUGAGUGAGGGCACUCCUCCGUCUCGCAGCAUCAACUCUCAGUCGCCAGUGGACCAGAACAGAAAACAGAAGGAACCACUGGAAAUGCAGCAGAGCAUUAACCGGACAGUGGGUCCCGGCAGUCCAUUCUUUCCAUCUUGUAUACCAGGCACCCUCCUCAACUCUGCUACCUAUGCCCAGGCCCUAUCACAGGUCGCCACACUUAAAGGAAGUGGUUUGUGCUCCUGCUGCGUUCCCGACCCCAUGGGCUUGUCCUUCCUGCCGCCCUACGGUUGUCAGGGUAACCGCACAGCCAGCGUGGCCGCCCUGCGCAUGAAGGCCCGCGAGCACUCGGAGGCUGUGCUACAGUCCGCCAACCUGCUGGGGGCAGCACCCGGGCCCGGGGCGGGAGUCGGGGUGCUGUCUGGAGUUGGAGUUACGGCAGCCGGGGUAGCGAGGCCCACUGUGGGUCCUGCCAUCGAGGUGCCUGCAACUGUGGGAAGAGGAGGAGACAGCUCCAGUCCCAGCCCAGCCACCAAGGCCCCCGUCCUGGGCAACAGUCCUGACAAACACCCUCACUGCUCCAAGGAGCCACUGGAGAAGAAGUGAGGCAGUGGACAUAAUGGCCGACCUGGACAUACUGAUACUCUAAGUCUGUGUGAUCAUGCCUGUUGUUACUACUCUACCUUUCUCUGGUCCUAAGCAACUGAGCACAACUUCUGACUAACUCCAGAGA